AUGGGCGGAACUCGAUACUGGGCUUUCCAGAGAGAAUACCAAAUAGGCACCCUCCUCCAGACGAUCCGAGCCGCCGUCGAAAUCUCAGCGGAGCCCGUAUACCUCAAGAAGGAGACGAAGACGUGGAAAGACGCCGUCCGAAACCUCUACUCCUUCCGACGAGGGUCGCCUUAA